GUAAAACUUGCAUAGUCUCGCAAGUCCCAACCACCCGUCUCUCUCUCUCGCUCUCUCUGUCACUGCUCUACAAUGGCUCUCUUCACUUCCAUCUCCACCACACCACUCACCAUCUCCGCCCCGAUUCACCGCCGCCCGUUAUAUGAUCGGCUGAGCUUUUCGUGUCCGUGUGCUGCUUUGAGCUCCUCCUCACCAUCGUCCCACGAGUCAAGACCACCACUCCCAGCAUCACCAACCGACACCAAAAUUCCAUCCACUACUACUUCUUCAUCAAACUCCUUUGUGGCUGAGCCCUCUAGAGCGCCCGACUCGGGCCUCAACUACGCUUUCGCGAACUCGAACGGCCAUCCAUUGGCCCGGUUCUUUCGAUCCACCGAGUCGUCUAUUGAGAGGGCAAUUUUUGACUUCCGCUUCUUGGCACUUCUGGCUGUUGGAGGCUCGUUGGCUGGUUCUCUAUUGUGCUUUCUCAAUGGAUGUGUUUAUAUUGGAGAGGCAUAUAAAAUUUACUGGUCAAGCUGUGUCAAAGGGAUUCACACGGGACAGAUGGUUCUGCGACUAGUUGAAGCUAUUGAUGUUUAUCUUGCUGGGACUGUCAUGUUAAUAUUCGGUAUGGGCUUAUAUGGAUUGUUUAUCAGUAAUGUGCCCCCUGAUGUGCCUUCCAGUGUUGAUCGUGCCCUCAAGGGAUCUUCUUUGUUCGGAAUGUUUGCUCUCAAGGAGAGGCCUCAAUGGAUGAAAAUUAGCUCACUUGACGAAUUAAAGACAAAAGUGGGACAUGUUAUCGUCAUGAUUCUUUUAGUUAAGAUGUUUGAGAGAAGCAAGAUGGUAAAAAUUUCCACUGGUGUGGAUCUACUGAGUUAUUCUGUAUGUAUCUUCUUAUCAUCUGCCUCUUUGUACAUCCUUCAUAAUCUGCACAAAUCAGAUUAGAGAUGUCAGAUGUAUUAUAGCAAAUCGUGUAAAAAUUUCCACUGGUGUGGAUCUACUGAGUUAUUCUGUAUGCAUCUUCUUAUCAUCUGCCUCUUUGUACAUCCUUCAUAAUCUCCACAAAUCAGAUUCGAGAUGUCAGAUGUAUUAUAGCAAAUUGUGUAAUAUUGGUUUUCACAUUGAUGUGAAUGUAUAUGUUCAAAA